AUGGACAACUCGUCUCUGCCUUUCUCGACAGGGAUGGCGAGCGAAAAAGUCAUUCGUGUUGCCUCUAUCGUCACUGCCUUGGUUAUUGUGGUUGGUAACAUGUUGACCAUUCUCACAUUCUUCUGCAACAGCAACCUCCGCAAGCGCAGUUUCUAUCUCGUCAUCAACCUGGCCGUGGCCGACUUCCUUAUUGGAAUUAUUCCCGCUACAAUCUUUGCCUGUAUAACAUUUAAUUAUGGUGAGACGAAUACAGGCAUUUACUGGGUCUACAUGAGUAGCGAUAGGCUGCUUGGACUAGCAUCUAUGACAACUGUAGCUCUAAUAGCAAUAGAGCGUAUGUGGGCUACCGUGUGGCCUCUGCGCCAUUUAAACUCGAGUUGUCGAGUAUAUGUCGGCGCAAUCUGUGCUUCUUGGCUGGUUCCUACAUUACUGACAGGACUUAGCAUUUCCGCCAAAUUCAACUGGAGCAAAAUUCCGGUCAUAUGGACAAAAAUAGCAAUGCAUCAACCUAUCGCCGUAAUUGUAAUUCUGCUAAUGGGAACAGCAGCGGCCUACACCAUCACUUUUGUGAGUUUCAAACGACACACAAUCCAGAUGGAGCAGGCAGGAAGCUGUAGUCGUGUAUCCAGACGACAAAUGCAGAAACAGCGUCUUGCUCGGACCAUGUGCUUGGUCACCGGGGCCUCCAUUCUUACAUGGUUGCCAUUUGUUAUAUUGAACUACCUCUAUAUUACCAUAAAUCCAUCGCUCUCCUUGAUAGUGGCAUUUAAGAUUCUCCAGUACACCAACUCUGCCAUAAACCCAAUUUUUUAUGCAGUAAAGAUGCCUGGGUUCAGAAAGUCGUUGAUAAAGACAGUGUGCUUCCACCGUUAUCGUUGA